GCAUGCAUCAGGGUCAAACAGCAUUAUAAGGACGAGAUGCAUCGUAGCUUCUAGUGAUAACGAAAAUGGUUUUCUUGGCGGUGCUGCUUACGGCAUUGGUGGCAGUCGUGUGCUGCCAGACUGCAUUAGAAACGAAUUUAGCGACAAGUGCCACUUCGUCGGAGCUAAUUGACCCAGAAUUCGGUGUCGGAGUGUCCGGUACAUUGGUAAACACCAGCUCGUUGCUCCUGCGUCUAACAGCCAUCCCUGGUGUUUGCGAUGGGACGAAACAACUCGUGUGUGCCUCGUGUACUACGCUGCGAGUGUGUUUGGGAACCGUUCCGGGGCAAGAUCUAACCGUCACAUGUCCGACCGAUCAGCCGUACUGUAACUUUGGUACCACAUCCGAUCGCUGCUCUGCUGACCCCAUACCCGGCGUAUGCAGCGACCCAACCCAGAACGUUCCAGUUACCUGCUCUGCUGUGGGGAAGCUUCCUGAUGCAAGUAAUUGUCGUAUUUAUCACGGCUGUCUAGCCAUCGGUGAGAGCUCCUCGAUAUACACGUGCCCGGCGGGCUACGUAUUCCAUCCCGGGCUCGAGCUAUGCGCGCUGGAAAAUCUCUUUGCACGCUGCACCCGUCUCCAAUGUUCUGCCAACUUCCUGGGGCAUGUUCGCUACGGGAACUCGUUCCGAUUCUAUGGGUUCUGUGAUGGCACCGGGCAGACACCGAUCGUGUUCAAGUGUCCGAAUCGAGCCAACUUCGCCUUCAUUGCUGGCACCACCUUCGGUGAGUGUGUGUACGCGUGCCCUGCCCAGGGAAACUUCCCCAACACCAACGAUCCAGCGACAUACUUCCAAUGUUUCUGGGCCAACCGUCGCCUUAGAUACAAUGUAAUCCGAUGUCCGGCGGGAACGACAUUUAAUGCAACUCUUCGUAUCUGUACUUAACCUGUAAUUCAUUUACCUGGAUUAGGAGGCAGACAAUGAAUUAAGAAAUAAAACUAAUGCACUGCA